CCUGGCAUGUUGAUCAUCACCAAAUCAUACAUUGCAUGCCGUCUCCCGACGUCUCUCAGAUAGCCUGCACGUAUGUAUAUAUCAUUAUCGCAAUGCACUAGAACUGGACAGAGCGGGUCAACCAUGUAGCAAUGGCCAAACGAGUGUACGAGUCACGUAGAGUACGACCCGAGACGCGAAGCGUCCGUCGACAAGGAGCGCGAGAACGACCGAAGGAGAAAGGAGCAAUUACUGAAGCGACAAUGCAAAACAUGAUAGAUUAUCCGGAUAAUCAGCCCGUAACGAACGGAAGCACCUCGCCAACGGAGGGGGACGUGACAGAUAGUCCUGAUUGACAUAGGGUAUACUGGCCUCACGAAACUGCUU